CCUCUCGGCAGCGGCGGCGGCGUCAGGGGUACCAUGGCCGACGACGGUUCCCCUGAAGAGCCGCCCAGUCCGCGGGGCUCCCCUGGUCGGGCGCCGCGGGUUCAGCCUGCGGUCGGACCGGGCAGCGGCGGCAGCGGCAGCGGCUGCGGGGAGACCCCGCGGACGGCGGCGCUGGCGCUGCGCUUCGACAAGCCCAUCAAGCAGGCCUUCUACAACACCGGGGCCGUGCUGUUCGUGUGCCUGUGCUGCGGCGCCGCUGUGCUCGUCUACUUUAUCCUGGAGGCCUUCCUGCGGCCGCUGCUGUGGGCCGUGCUGUGCGGCACCUUCCUGCACCCCUUCAAGAGCUCGCUGACGCGGCUGGGCCGCCACUGGCUGCAGCGCCUGCACCGCGCGCACACGCCCAUCGUGCUGGCCGCGCUGCUGCUGCCGAUCUGCUUCGCAGACUACGGCGUGGAGGCCCUGGGCGAGCAGGCGCUGCGCCGCCGCCGCCUGCUGCUGCUGCUCGGCGCCGGCGGCCCGCUCCUCUACGGCCUCUACAGCCUGGGCAGCUACCUGGGCGUGCAGGUGCUGCUGGCGCACGCCGGCGCGCUCAUCUGCCGCGGGCUGGACUACUUCAGCAGCCUGUGGAUCUGGACCUUGGUAGUUGGCUACGUGUUGACUGUUUCAUUCAAGUGGAAUGCAAGCACUGAACGCUACUUGAGAGCAGUUUCAAUUCCUGUCUGGAUUAUAUUGCUUUUUCAUUUAGCAUCCUUGGCUGGCUCAUGGAGAAUUCCAGUAUUCCUGGUUAUUGUUUUCCUGAUGUCUGUGGGCACCCUCUAUGAAAAACAGAAUGGAAAAGAGUCUUCUGGAGCAGAGUUACCAGGGCAAGUUAUCUCCAUGGCAGCUUCUACUCUAGCAACCUUGGCCAUCUCCAUCACAGGGUAUGAAUCGAGCACUGAGGACCAGCCCUCUCCCCAGCCUGCAGGGACAGAAACCAUGGACAGAGGAGAACCCCCUCCAGCACUGUCCUCAUCUGCUUCACCCUCCUCCCCUUCACCCACCUUGGGCAGACAAAGGUCUGAAGUUGGAACAUUUCUUAGAAAGAAGAAAACUAGCGAUAUCUACUUUGUGUCUCUCCUUUGGGCCAUUGUUGGAGUCCAGAUCUGGUUGAACCUGUGGAUUGUACAGUUGCUGCCAGUGCCUAUUGCAGUAUGGAUACUCAAAAAGCUUGUUAUUCACUUUGGCGUUGUGAACUUCCUGGAGAAGCGCUGCUCCGUGUGGUGGCAGGUUAUAGAGCACUUCCUGAAGGAGCGGCAGGAAGCCCUGGCACCGUGGCCAAUUAUCGGGCUUGGAAAAUUCUUGUUAAAAGUUGAUAGCAAGCUCUGGCACUGGCUAAAUAAGAAGAUGAUCAUCUGGCUGGAGAAGAUGUUAGACAAAAUAAUUAGCAUUUUCAUCAUAUUUUUGUUAGUGAUAGGAACCCUUCUUUUAGCCCUACUCCUGACUGCAAAGGUACAUCAAGAGAGUGUACACAUGAUUGAAGUCACAAGCAAUUUGAUUAAUGAAACUCUAGCAAAUCACCCUGAGUGGGCAAAUUGGCUUCCUGAGGCUCAGGUAGUCCAAAGAGCCCUUAAUUCCGCGGCUAACAAUGUGUAUCAGUAUGGACGAGAAUGGAUAACCCACAAGCUUCAUAAAAUUCUUGGAGAUAAAGUGAACAAUACUGCCGUAAUUGAAAAGCAAGUACUAGAACUUUGGGACAGACUGUAUCAUUCUUGGUUUGUAAAGAAUGUAACGCACUCUGGAAGGCUCAAAGGACAAAAGAUGCACAUAAGUCGUCAGAAUAGCUGGCUGGGAGACAUUCUGGACUGGCAGGAUAUCGCUUCCUUUGUCCAUGAGAACAUUGAGACAUUUCUUUCGAUCUUAGAGUCUCUGUGGAUCGUUAUGAGCCGGAAUGUGAGCCUGCUGUUCACCACUGUCACCACGCUCCUGACCAUCCUCUUCUACAGCGGGACUGCCCUCCUCAACUUUGUUCUGUCUCUGAUAAUUUUCCUGACCACACUAUUUUAUCUGUUAAGUUCCAGUGAUGAGUACUACAAGCCAGUGAAGUGGGUGAUAAGCCUGACACCACUAUCUCAGCCAGGUCCUUCUUCUAAUAUUAUUGGCCAGUCUGUGGAAGAAGCUAUCAGAGGGGUGUUUGAUGCUUCCCUCAAAAUGGCUGGCUUCUACGGAUUAUACACCUGGCUGACUCAUACUAUAUUUGGCAUCAAUAUUGUCUUCAUACCAUCAGCUUUAGCAGCAAUCCUUGGAGCAGUGCCAUUUCUAGGCACAUAUUGGGCAGCAAUACCUGCAGUUCUAGACCUGUGGCUUACACAAGGCUUAGGAUGCAAAGCCAUCUUACUGUUGGUUUUUCAUCUCUUGCCGACAUACUUUGUAGAUACUGCCAUCUAUUCUGAUAUAUCAGGAGGUGGCCAUCCUUACUUGACAGGCUUGGCAGUGGCUGGUGGAGCAUACUACCUGGGCCUGGAAGGAGCAAUCAUUGGGCCCAUACUUCUCUGCAUACUUGUGGUUGCUUCCAAUAUCUAUAGUGCUAUGUUAAUGAGCCCCACGAAUUCAGUACCCACACCAAACCAGACCCCAUGGCCUGUUCAGACUCAGCGGACUUUCCGUGACAUUUCUGAAGAUCUGAAGCCUUCAGUAGACUGACUUGGUUUCUAAACCGCAGUGAUUUCUCUAGGAAAUUCAACCUUGACUGUGAGUUUAGCUCAGCUGUGGCCUCCUAUCCUUUCAGCUGUGCCUGGCAAACAGAGCCCAGGAAAAGAAGCAGAAGCCUCCUAGCCUUCCAUACAGAAUGCCCGGACAAGAGAGGACUUGCUGUGCUUUGCAUUUUAAAGCACAGCUUUGGAGCUCAGAAAUGUGGUUUACUCACUUAACUGUUGCUAAGAUGGCUUGAAAAGUUUCAGUUUAUAAACUGGUACCAUGGCUUGAAAUUUUCCCACUUUGGUUAUAUAUAUUAUAAUAUGUAUUUAUAAAGUUUUUUAAAGAGUCCUAAACUACCUGCUGUAUACAAUGUAGUUUUCUCCUGUUUUAAGAAAUCUGUCCUUAAACUUUUCUGUGACAGUCACUUUUCCAUGAAGAGGGCUUUCACUUUUGAGAAUGUAGUUGCUUGAGCAGGAAAAAUGAGUCUUCUCCCUUCUUCCACAGUGUAUGGUCCUCUCUGUAAGGAAGAGCAAAUCUUCAGUGUAAGGGCAGGUGGCUUAUCUGACGUUCAGUUAGUUGUAUGUUACAACCAUAGGAGACCACAGAGAGACCGAAGCUCUUCCUCCCCUUCUCCCUCCAUCCCCUACUGCUCUAUUGCCAAAUUUUUAAAACUUGGCUGACCACAUUGAAAUUAAAUACUUAUUAAGCUGCUAUUAAUGGUAACAGUAUGAUAGAAUUCAUGUUGUAAUGUUUUUCUUUCCAAAUGUUUUAAGAAAAAAAUCUCAGGGGCAGCAGUGCUCUGAUUCAUUAAAAGUAUCCCUGUUUCACUA